GCUUAUUUGGUAGCGCACUGAAGGCACCGGCAGUUGGGUAGGGUGCUGAGCCUAGUGUACACAUCGUACCGACAGCAGGUGUGAGUAUGUUCGCCAGUCGGGGACCGUUCUCUCCACACUACUUCAACAGGAAAACUUUCUCAGACUUCGACUCCAUCAAUGUUAUCUUGGCAAAAUGCACGCUACCACCAGUAUGGGCUGAUAAGGUUCAGUCGGACGGUUCUCUGUUUUACCUGGAGCCGUCCUACAGCAACCAGGACUGGGAAACAAGAACACAUGGCACGUGCGAACCGCUGUGUGGGCAGACACAAGGCCUCGGAACCAGGUCUCACCUGCCUGAUGAACAGACACAAGACCGAAGAAGCACGACUACGGUGCCUGAUGAUAUCCGUGGGAAGAUCAGCCGAAUGAAGGCACUGAUCCAGAAGGCCUCGAAAAGGAAACAAAAAAUUGUUGUUUCUGCCAGACGCGAUGGUAAGAGGAAGGAACAAACCGACGACUGCACGUACGACGUAUGGUUGGAGGUAGACCCGGUUGCGAAGUCAAGGACACAAAACAAGCCUCCGCUGGAGAGGCUACUCGGAAUCCUCCCCGGGGUCCGCGGCAGGUGGGGCAUCUCUGUGGCGGCCCUGGUACCAGGCGGUCCCGCUGACAGGUCCGGACAGAUCGCACCAGGAGACGGUGUGGUGGCUGUGAACGAUAUCAGUGUCACACUCAAUAAUAUCAACGACCUGCUGGCCGCCAUCGAUAAGCCCAUGGAGGUCAAGGUCACCAUGAGGACAACACAUGUACUACAAGCUGACAGCAGUGAUUGCUCCAGGACUCUCCAUCAAACCAUUGAGCCGAAUGACCAGCCAGUCCUGACCAGUCUGUACAUGUAGCAUUAACCAGUAUGCAGGAGACUGUAUGCUGCCAGACGCCAAGCAAAAGUCUGCUUGCAAGAUGAACCUGAAGAAAGUGUGGCUGAGACAACCUACAACUUUUCCUUGGAACAUUACCUGCUACUUGGAACAGAAUACAAUUUCUACAAAAAAAGCUAUCUGAAAGUAUAGAUAUCACAAAAGAAAAUAAACAAAAACAGAUGUAAAGUGACCAGAGAAAGCACAAAUAUGCAUUUAAUACUCUGAUACAAUGUAUAUAUCAUACAUGUAUUAGGAAUUCACUUAGAGUGUGCAGUAGAUAGAACAACCUUACAAGUAUCACUUUCACUCAAACAUGACAGGAAUUGUUGAUAGAUAAGACACACAUGUGAAGGGAUACAUGACAGAUGUUUCAAGAGCAGACUGUACCAGUGUACACAUCAUCUGCUCACCAUGCAGUUGUGCUAAUGUGGGUCUUGCAUUUCAAUCCAUACAAAUUCAUAAACCCACAUGAUAGUUAACAUGUAGUGAUACCAUCUCGUAUCUCUGGAAAAUAAUAAGGGGGUAAGAACUCAAGCUUCACAACAACCCCAAGACUAGUAUCUGUCCAAAUUACAUAGCCAGCUAUUGUCUAGGUCAUCAGAGACCUGUUUUUUUCUCAGUUCUAGUAUUUCCGUGCUGCAUUCACCAUUUUUCAGCCCUUACAUUUGUAAGUCAAGAAAUAUAUUUUUUGACAACAUGCUAUUUCAGCAAGAUGCUAUGCUUAUUUUCUGUUCUUGUUAUGAGGGCUUACACAGAACUGCAUGUACAGAUUUACAAAACAGUUAAACAUCCAUGCUUCAUAUUAUCUAUAUGGAACUAAUCUGUGUUUUCACUGACUUAUGAUGAAAUAUGUAUGAUAUAUGGCACCAUUUUAUGGUUUUCAUGAACUUAGAAUUUCACCAAUGGACUUAGAAUUCCAUCCAUGAAUGAAUUUCAUUACAGAUCACUUAUAUGUACUCUAGCUUGCUCCCCAAACUCACAAACGCACAUUUACUCAUUGCUGUCACGUCAUCCAUUUGUAAUCAUACUAAUAAAUCGUCAGAGAAAUUCUUCUGUUUUCCAUAGGGUGGAGAGUGAACAUGAAAUCUACAACCUCAACACACAUCACUUCAAGUUACGUCGUACAUGACAGAAAUCCUGUCUAAUUUAUGGACUGGUCAACCUUUGGUCAACUGACAGAAAAUUGGUACCGCUAAUUACCUCGAACCUUAAUGAGAAGUCUUCAGACCUCAAUUACAUGGAGAGUGGACACAACACAGCAGAACUGUUUGGUAGACAAGAGGCUAGACGUUUCAUAGCCUGGAACAACUCAACAGGGUGUCUGCGGUAAAUUGUGUGUGGACAGCACUGGAACAUGUAAUUACAAUCCCAGACAUAUGUGUAUAAAAGUUAGACAUAUCAAAACUUCAGUCAUGGAAUUCUUAAA